GAUAAUUCGCAAUUUCGAUUUCGAAUAAAAAUAUCAAUAUUUAUUCUACCUUACACCUUGAAUUUAUUGCUUUCGAAAAACUACUUACUUUGUGUUCUCACGCCUUCAAAAAUUUCUUAUCGCGUCUUUACAUAAUGUGUAAUUUUAUCUGGUGUUUGUGGAGUAUUUGAUAGUCGCUUUCAGAGUGUAACUAAUCCCAGUUACAAUAUUGACUCGAACAUGGAUUCUAUGGAAGCUGUUCAAGCAACUAACGACGAUGCCAGUGAAUGUAAAAGAUGUGCGGUGGAUUUAAAUUACUGGACUGACAAGUAUAUCCAUUUUUUCGUCCGGCAUUAUGAGAGGAAAGCGCCGGAAAUCAAUAGAGGUUAUUUUGCUCGUUACUCUGGCAUGAAUUCCGUAAUCAAAUCGUUUCUGCAGAGAGUGGGUACGAAAUCGCAGAUUGUUAAUUUGGGAUGUGGAUUUGAUACUAUGUAUUGGAGAUUUAAGGACAACAACAUCAGCCUUGCUAGCAUAAUCGAUGUCGAUUUUCCAGCUGUUACAGCCAAGAAAUGUUUCAGCAUCAAACGUAAUAAAGUAUUAUUAGAUUCGUUACAUUCCAAAGAUGGUGAAAUCAGCUUCAGCGGAACCGAUUUACAUUCGUAUAAUUACCAUAUCAUCGGUGUUGAUUUGAGAAAUAUCAACGACCUCGAGUAUAAGUUACUUCAAAGUGGUAUCGAUUAUAAUCUACCGACGUUAUUUAUCUCAGAAUGUGUGCUCGUUUAUAACGAAUCGAUGCAUAGUCAACGUUUGCUUUUAUGGAUCUCGAGUAAAUUUUCGGAAGCACUAUUCUCCAAUUAUGAACAAAUUAACAUGAGCGAUAGAUUUGGAGAAGUUAUGGCUAAAAAUUUACGAGAACGAGGGUGUACAUUGGCUGGUUUAGAAGCUUGUAAAAAUCUCGACACUCAGAAGCAAAGAUACUUGAAUACUGGUUGGUCUGGAGCUCGUGUAUGGGACAUGAUGCAGAUCUACAUGUCUAUUCCGAUAUCUGAAAGGCAACGUAUCGAAUCGAUUGAAUUUUUAGACGAACAAGAGUUGCUGGUUCAAUUACUUCAGCAUUAUGCUAUCGCAGUUGCCUGGAAAGGCGAUGUAUUUAAGGAUAUAGACAUCACAUAGCAGUCAAUGGAUAUACUGCGAAACGUGUUUCACUCUAUGUCGAUUUUAUAACACGUCGCUUUUAUUCUUUCAUUCUCAAGUUUGAUAACUUUUUGCUUCUGUUUAUUUGUAUCAUGUUGUGUAAGCAAGCUUAUUAUUUUGUACAUUGUGCAUUUUAUUAUUUACUUCCAUCUUUAUUACUACUUCUUUUCUUUUCUUUUUUGUUUUCGUGCCGUAACCUUUCUUCGUACGAGUUCACUAUAAGUUUAUUAUUGUUAUUAAAUUACUUAUGUCAAUUGUCCAGUUAUAUUCACAACUUAUUAACAUUAUUUUUUGUGAAAUGUAACAAAAUCGCGAUUUGUUGUUGUGUGUGAUGUUUUUCAAAUAAACAUUUUCCUUGCAAAGUCAA